AUGCAAGCUUAUGGUCGUUAUGAUUUUCAAGCAACGGCCGAUGAUGAACUUAGUUUUCAAAAAGGAGCUAUGCUUAAAAUACUCAAUACUGAUGAAGACUUGAAUUGGUAUAAAGCAGAAUUUAAAGGACAAGAAGGAUAUAUACCAAAAAAUUAUCUUGAUAUGGUUCCUAAUGCUUGGUAUUAUGGAAAAAUUGCUCGUGCUGAAGCUGAAAAAAUUCUUCUUCAAAAAGAUGUUAAUGCUCGUCGAAUUAGUCAACCUGAUGGUGCCUUUCUUGUACGCAUGUGUGAAUCAUCGCCAGGCGAUUUUUCACUAUCUGUCAAAUAUCAAGAUCAAGUUCAACAUUUUAAAAUUUUACGUGAUGGUAUGGGUAAAUAUUUUUUAUGGGCUAUUAAAUUUGAUUCAAUUAAUGAAUUAAUUGAGUAUCAUCGUACAACAUCAGUUCAUCGUGGACAAAAUUUAUUACUUAAAGAUAUGAUUUCAUCAACACAAUCAGAACAAACAUCAUCAUAUAAUAAUAAAAAUCAACAACAAAACACUCAAUGGACAGCACAGAAAACUCAAGUACAGCAGCAACCAGUUUCACCUCCUGCUUCAUCAACAAAUGAUCAAAAUUAUGUAGCUGCUUAUGAUUUUCAACCACAAGAGGAAGGUGAAAUCGAAUUAAAACGUGGUGAUCGCAUUCGUGAAGUUCGUGGCAAUGUUGGUCUUUUUCCUGCUACAUAUGUGCGACCUUUAUAA